AUGCCACAGUCCGCAGUCCCACAGUUGUACACGAUGUCCAGUUGCUGCGUAGCUUUUUUUAAGAGAUCUUACUCGACCAAAACGAAAUUGACUACCAUCUUCAACGAAGAUGUGCGUCAGAUGGUAUCGCGUGAAGAAAUCAAACCCAGGAAACAUCCUGGAAGGUGUAACCUCAACGCUAAACCUUUUCCAGAAGACUUGACCAAUGCCGUCCUAAAAACUAUCAAAGGUGUGCAGUUGAAAAACGUAAUGAGUGAUAGCCAGCUAUUGUUAAACUAUCUACACAGUAGACACAGUCCUGUUGAACAAAGUGAAAUAAUGGAAAAAAAGCAACAGAACAGAGUUGAAUUAGAAAAAAAAUAUUACAGUGAAAACAUGGACGAAGAGCGACAAAUCAAAUUUGAAAAAUUCAUCAAUAACCGUGUAGAAAGGCUUGUUGCUCAAAGGACAUAUAAUUGGAAACCAAUUGAUUACAGCAACAAACAUGUAUGCCAUCAAUACCUGCUGUCUCGUAUUGCUCCAGAGUAUAAUGUCAUAAAAACAAUAUUUAGUGAAUUACAACAGAGAGAUCCAAAUUUUGCUCCUCAGUCCCUGUUUGAUUUUGGCUCUGGUAUUGGUACAGUUACCUUAAAUGCAAAAAAUAUCUGGGAGAACUCAUUAAAAGAAUAUUAUUGUGUCGAUACUUCGUCUACUAUGAAUGAUCUAGCAAAACUUCUUUUGCAAGAGGGAAAUCCAAAUAAUGAGAAAAUAUUGCCUAAGGGUCUGUUUUACAGACAAUUUUUACCAGCAUCACCAAACUUGAAGUUUGAUCUUGUCGUAUCUGCAUACACUUUGUUUGAACUGCCAGACAUCAAAAAUCGGUUUGAGACACUUUUAAAUUUAUGGAACAAGACAAAAAAAUAUAUUGUACUCGUUGAAAUGGGAACGAGAGCUGGGUUCAACUUGAUAAACGAAGCCAGGGAUCUUCUCUUAGAAAUAUCUUCACAAAACAAUACCAAAAGUCAUGUUUUUUCACCGUGCCCUCAUGAACACUCAUGUCCACGUUAUGAUACUGAUGACACACCUUGCAAUUUUGAAGUGUCUUACUAUACACCAAGAAUAGCUCAACAAUCUGUAAUCAAACGAGAACAUUUUUCCUAUGUGAUCAUAAAAAAAGGAGAGAGACCAAAAACAGAUGAACAGUGGCCACGCAUAGUGAGACCGGUUUUGGUACGUUCAAAGCAUUCUAUUUGUCGAAUGUGCACGAGUAGUGGCAAACUGCAAGAAAUUAUAUUUACUGCUUCCAAAAACGGAAAAAUUCCUUAUUGGUGUGCACGAUCAAGUAAAUGGGGAGAUAGAUUGCCAAUAGUGAUCAAAGAGGAAGAAGAAGAAAAAAAAGAAAAGUCUGAACAAAAUUAA